AUGGGCGACUCCAAUCAUGCCAUCGUGUUUGGCGCAUCCGGCCUCAUUGGUUGGGCUCUGGUAAACCAACUUUUGAGUGCCUACCCUGAUGCCGGCACUUUUUCCAAAGUCACCGCGAUAACAAACCGCCCGAUUACCCUCUCUGAAUCUCAUUGGCCUACAUCGGCCCCAGACAGACCAGACCUGCAACUCGUGUCAGGCAUCGACCUUCGUCACGGCGAUGGCGCUACAUUGGCAGAGACUCUUAAACACGCAGUCCGAGAAGUUGAAAGUGUAACCCAUAUCUAUUACCUUGUUUUCACCGCGGUUAAGGACGAAAGUGAGGAAUUCGCCACCAAUCUGCGAAUGUUCAAGAAUGUCAUCGAUGCCCACGGCUUGAUAAGUCCCAACUUGCAAUUCGUGGUGGUCCCUGGCGGAACGCGGGGAUACGGUAUAUACAGUCCCGGGGGCACAUUCACUCCUCCCUUGACCGAGGGUAUGGUGAACAGGCUUCCGAUCGAAGCCGCAAAGACAAUUGUUUACCCAGCAUACCGCAAGCUUCUCAAUGAAAAGAGCAAGGGAAAGCAAUGGACAUGGUGCGAAGUCUGUCCAGACGCAAUUGUUGGUUUCACUCCCAAUGGUUCCCAGUUCAGCUUAGCACUACAUUGGGCUCAGUACCUAUCACUAUGGGCUUACAACCAUGGGAUUGGACCUGAAACACCAGGGUCCAGCACAAGUGCCGUGCAGGUACCAUUCCCUGGUAGUGUGGCCGGCGCCAACUCGCUGUUCACUCCAGUAUCAAGCAGCACACUUGCCCGGUUCAUGAUAUAUGCUUCACUGCAUCCUGAGAUAUGUGGUGAGGGUCACUUGUUUAAUAUCGCUGAUAACGAGAAUCCUUGCAAGUAUGGUGAGCUGUGGCCCCAACUAGCAAGUUGGUUCGGCCUGGUGGGUGUGGGACCCGUCGAGGACUCACAAGCCAUUGGUGAUACUUUGAAGGCAGGCGAGCUACCCAAAACCACUGAAUUCUUGACGCCUGGAGAGUAUAUCACCGAGCAUCAGGAUAAGUUUGCAGCGCUUGGGCGGGUGAAUGCUGUUAGUGGAGGCGUUAGUGCUGGAAGGCGGCAGCUUGAUAGUGUGGGCUACUGGUUGACUUUUGACCGGCAACUCAGUUUGGAGAAAAUUAGGGGUACAGGAUUUGAAGGGGACAGAGAUCAUGUUCAGGGAUGGCUGGAAACUUUUGAGAUGUUUAGGAAGGCAGGAUUGAUACUAUGA